AUGCAGGUUCCCGGUCUCCAGCGUGAGAGCGUAGCUCGGCUUCUCUGCUUGAGAGCGAGACCUGAGGCAGAGAGUGAAGGUAGGUGGGAGCUCCUGAGCUGAAGCCGGCGUGUGAUGAGCUGCUCUGGGCUUCGAAUAAUAAUUAGCCGAUAUUUAUGAAAGAAAACAUCUGCAGCCGCUCGUGUUGAGGCGUUCAUGUGAUGGUGGUGAAAGGCCUGUGAGCGGAUGGAGCCAGCUGUUUGUGCAGUUUGUGCUGUUUGUGCUGUUUGUGCCGUUUGUGCCGUUUGUGGAGCGCGUGCUGCUCUUCGAUGCCGACGCUCCGUAGCUGGCGCUGUUUGUGUUCAUGGUGUCUUCCCCUGUUGCUCGUGUGGUUCAGCAGCCUGUCGGUCCGUGGGGCUGAUGUCGGUCAGGCUCCGUCCCAGCAUCUGCUGACUCAGCACAUUCCUGCUCAUCAAACAUCCUGUUGACAUCCUGUGUCCGGCUCCUGUAGGCAGCAGCCCUGUGCCUGAGUCCAGCUUCAUUAAAGCUGGUGUGUCAUUAGCAGAGAGCUGUGGUGGUGGGGCCUUUGUUGAUGGAGGCAGCUCUGCCUCAUGGACACAGAGCACAGAGCGGCUCUGUGUCCGUGAAUCACGUGCCCGUCGGCCCUUUGUUUACGCUGCAUCCAGUCACAUGUGCUGUGAUGUUGUUGUCACGCUGCAGGACGUUGCUGAGUUACGUUCUGUGAAACCAGUUUCCCUCUGGGAUAAUUAGACGCUGUAAAUCUCUUGUUCUUUAUUGCAUCAUCAUCAUCAUCAUUUAAAGGAAAGUAAUGUCAAAAAGGAGAAUUAGCUUUUCAGCUGGUGAAUCUUGGCUGAGGUUAAAGUAAACUUCAGAUGAAACUAAAGCAGGUCACAUUAAAUGUACCGUGAUUCAUAUUUAUUCAUGCUCGGUUGCAUUUCCAGUAUUAUUACCUGCUGGUACUAACACUGUAUGAGCUCAGAUGCUGGUGAACUGCUGUGACUCAGGCUGGAGCUGCAGUACAAAUGUUCUGCUGGAUAAAACGUGUUUCUGCGAGUUGCUGUCAUUCGAAGCCGCCUCCUGCUUUGAUUGACUGGAGGCUGUUGGGGAGUUCACUUAUUAAAUGACAGAUUCAGGUCAGCCACAUGUUGAUGGGAAGUGGAGGAUUCUGUUGCCGCCUCCUGAUAAACCACAUCCUUGUCCAAGUAUUUAUUGUGGAGUCAGUGGAGAAGCAGGAGGUUCCACACUGAGCGUCUGAAGCUUCUAUGAAGGCGUUUUUUGACCUCCUGACAGCUCGUCCCUCAUGCAAAGCAUCCAAUAAACUCAAACGAAGCCAGAAACAUUAGCUCCCCUGCCGGGUGUUAAUCCUUGUGCCGUGUAGGAGCCGCUGCUUGAAGAUCUGCUGACUCGUGUGGAAGUGAGGCAUGAAUGGAACUUGCACGCUCAGGAUAUCGUGUUCCACAGGAAUAUGUCACCGUGAAUUCAUUCCUCAGCUGAACGGUAGCUGGAGGACAGCUUUUAUCAGUGACUGACUGCUUCCUGCUCGUCUCUGCGACGUGGAGGAGCCUUUUCUUGUCCAAACAACGAAGCAAAGGUUUAAAUGAGAGCCGUUGUGAAUUAUUUCCCUUUAGGUGCUUUUUUCUUACUGAUGAACUUUCAUCUGUGGCGUCAUCUUAAUGUUUAAACACCAACCAUCAGGUUUUCAUUGCUCCUCAUAUUUCUUUUUUGAUGUAGAAGCUUUAUAUUAUUGUAUUAUAUAUUAGAGACGUUGCUCCAUUAUUAAUACAUUGUGUUUUAUGAAUGACUGUGUCCACGUCGGCCAAAUGAGGGACUCCUGUCAUGCUGUCGCUUCCAAGUGGAGCAGAAACUGGAUGGUUCCCUGUGAUGGAGGCGCAGUGACUGUAGCCGAUGCGUCCCAACAUGGAAGAGCUGCUUUUAUGGUGGAACAACGCUGGCGCUGCGUCCGCCUGUAUCUGCAUGUGGACGCUCACAGCCGGCUGCAGCACAGACGGAGGCACUGGUGCCUCCUCUCUAUUCACCCUUGAAGUCACAUUUCUGAAGAUUAUUUUUAAUUCUAGAAAUAUUUAUCCAGCUCCAUUUCAUGCUUGACUUCUACCAACAUGACUUAAACGGGACACAACACGGAGAAGCUCCGCAGCCGUUUGUCUUAUUGCUGAUGCAGUGAAUGGAUCUGAUUGGAAGCGCCGUUGUUGAGCCUUCGAGUCAAUUCACCCGAUUCAAUGAUGUCAUUUAGCCUCAAGCUGAUGGCGUUUCCAGACACACACACAGAUUAAACUGUGUCUGGUUUAUAUCUAGGCAUGGAGAUAUUUUUUAUUAUUGUCCCUCUGGACGAUAUUAAUGGACGGCUCCUGGAAAUGGGUUUUGGAAUCAGUAGCAGAGACACAGGAUGAUGGAUGGGCCUCGGUGGUGCAGUUAGACAGGAAGACAGAUGCUCUGCGACGCUUGUUUGAGCUGUAACACAGCUUCAUGUAUUUUUAAAGUUGCAUACGUACUUAUUUGCAGCAGACUCAUAAGAGGCCGUGGCCUGUGAGGCAGCGCAUGCUGACACGAGACAGGUGUGAGUCCAGCACAGCCUCAAAUAGAUUUGUGCACCGCCCCCGUCCAGAAAAGGCAGCGCUGCUGAAAACACUCGUGACCUCACUGCUCAGAACGGCCCUGCUGCCACAUGUCUGCCCACAUGCUGCAGUUCCACGUGUGCCCAGCAGGGGGCGGUGGACUCACUCCUCCUCGUUUUGUCAGUGAGUCUCUGACCUCCUGACCACAGACUGUUUAUGUCUGGGGCCUUUGUCACAUCUUCACUCUCACACCGUUUUCCAGCUGAAUUUCAUUGAAAAUGCUGCAAAUGUCUGAGCCCCAAAGCAGCGGAUAAUGAAGGCAGCAGGUCAUGCGGCGCUUUCUCUCCGCUCCCGGUAUCGUUCUGUCAUGGAGACUUGGAGCCUCACGUGGCUCUGUUUUUGGAGGGGAGAGGCCCGGUGCUGGGGGGACACGGGCCUCUGCUGUUUGCAAUGCAGUGACUCACGGUCCAGAACGAGUCCCUGCUCAUGUUCUGUCAUCACACCUGACCCGCAUGUGGGGAGGAGCCCAGGAGGAGAACCAGAACCAGAACCAGAACCACGGUGCGUGUUAAACUACGCCUCACAGCGUCCACGACCCUAAAACACGUGUCAUCAGGAGCAAAGGUUCCUCUGAAGUUACGGAGCCAAACGAGUCUUGUUAAAGUUUUUUGUCCCAUCAGAAUUUCUGCGUGUUGUCAUAGUUACCGUUGUUCUGCGUGAAAAGAGACCGGUCAGCGCGACUGGACCUAGUCCAACAUUAGAAACGCCUUCAACCUCAUUCUAAAACUAGAACCCAGUCAGUAAAUGUAAGAAAACAACCUAUCUGGAAACACUUAGUUAUUUUAAAACAGAGUUCUGUGAAUAUGAGUUCGUGGACUUUGGUUUCUGCUGUUUCUGUUCAGAUGUGACUCCGUCAACAGUGCGUGAACAGAGAAAAGCCUCAGAACAUCUGCUCCAGCUUUGCUGCCUGCAUGUUACGAGCAGCAACAGCACAUCCUUUAAUUACUCUGCUUUCAGCUCUAUUUAUGCGUCUGCUGCCAGAUUCGUCUUAAGCACAGAAAUUCUUUGUUUCAGAGUAUUUGCUCUUUUUUUUUCCUCCCAAACAAAGUCCUCAGUGUUCAGAGCUCCUCUACUUUCAUUUAGUUUGAAUCAAACUAUGACAUCAGCCUGUUCUAAUUGUUUCCAGAGCAGCCAGCAGAGUUUUCGUUUUAUUUUCCGUUCUGAACUUUCAGCCAGAGCAGAUAAUGAGAAACGGGGCCUGAUGUCAUAGACCGUGAGCCCAGUUUCCAGGAAGUUAUCACUUUCCCGGUCGCUUCCUCCGCCGCCCAGUUUGUCACUCUCCACCGUGGGAGAGCGUGUCUUUGUAAUGUUCAGUGGGCGUUCAUGAUAAAGUGUCCACGUCUCUGGAUCAGAGGAAUCGCAGCGUUUUGGAGCCGCUGGGAGUUGGGGGAGGGGCUCAAAUGCACAGAGACCAUAUGUAGUGAGUUGGAGAAAUGGUGUUUUAUGAGGAGCCGGGGCCUCUGCUUGGAAUUCUCAAUGACAUCAUCUGGAGCCGGUUCAGGGCGGACUGGGAUGGAGCCGGCGACUGGACCCGAGCUCAACAUGAGAGCAGAACCUUCACGGCUCACGUUUGUGUAAAAAUGAUCGAAUUGGGUCCGAUUUCCCUAAAUGCUUUAACUUUGAGCCUUGUGUUAAAACCAUCAGGGCAAAACUAAAAAAAACUGGCACUGGUGCUAAGGUGUAAAACUGAAGGCGUCCUGACUUCCACUGUGACGAUGGUGGGAUGUGUGAUGUUGUGUCAGGGCAGCUGAUGGUCUGAGUCUGGGUCUCCGGCUCCGGCGCCGGUAGCAGCUGGACUCACCGGGCCCUGGCGCCUCCGUGACCUCACCUGAUGGGACUGGUGGCGCUCGUUGAGGCUUCUUUUUGCGUAGCUGCUGGUUUCAUGGGGCGUGUCCAGAGGAGGGGGUCGUUGGACAGAUGCCUCCUGCUGUGCAGCACCCCGACCCGCUGGCUGACGGGUCUCUGACCACACGCUGCUGAGCUGGUGCUGCUGUUGACUCUGGAUCUUUUCUUAGUGCGCUUCUGAGUGCCUCUAUUAAUAGAGGAGCCUCCACUUUGUUCUGCUCCACCUCCAGUGUUUGCCCCAGACGCUCCUCCCUCCUCCGUGCUUUUAGCUCCUUGUUUCAUCUCUCACUCCUUUAUAUCGUGACCUCCAGCCAGUGUCACCUGACGCAGGCUUGAAGCGUUGCCCCCUUUUCUUUUCCGUCUCUGCUCCACUCUGCACCCGCCCCCUUCCAUACGCCUCGGCCUGGCAAAAGCCCACUCCCGUGUCGCAGCCUCCGCCCCUCAUUCUGCCGCCAGCCGGCACCGCGAGCACAGCACGGGGAGCUUGGUUUGUCUGUGGGAGAGCGCGACGGCCAUGAACGCCUCCCGUCUAGCGGCAGCGGGGACGCGUGUGAGGAGCCGGCGGCCGCGUGCGCAGGAACCGGGGCGGCGCUGACGUCUGGAGGAGCAGCAUGUGGUGUUUGCAGUGUAACUCAGAGAAGACGCAGUCGCUGCUGGAGCUGGAGCUCAAGGGCUGUGUGGAGGGCGAUGGACGACCCGGCGACAGCGGCGCGUCCCUGGACGGCGGCGCCGGCUACGGCCCGGUGACGCACGGCUCCGCCAUCAGCCCCGACCGCUUCGACAGCCCGCUCUACAGCCACGGGGUCCAGCCCGGGCCCCAGAGGCCGCGGCGGCCCAAGCUGCAGCACUCGCAGUCCAUCCUGCGGAAGCAGGCGGAGGAGGAGGCCAUCAAGCGCUCGCGCUCGCUGUCCGAGAGCUACGAGCUGUCAGCCGACCUCCAGGACAAGCAGGUGGAGAUGCUGGAGCGCAAAUACGGCGGGCGCUUCAUAACUCGGCACGCGGCCCGCACCAUCCAGACGGCCUUUCGCCAGUAUCAGAUGAACAAGAACUUUGAGCGUCUCAGGAGCUCCAUGUCUGAGAACCGCAUGUCCAGACGCAUCGUGCUGUCCAACAUGAGGAUGCAGCUCUCGUUCGAGGGCCCCGAGAAGGUGCACAGCUCCUACUUCGAAGGGAGGCAGGUCUCCAUGACGCAGGAGGACGGCGCUCCGCUGGCCCUGGUUCAGUCCGAGCGUGGAGACAUGGAGGUUCACCAGCCGGCCAACAUGGCGUCGCACCCGGCGCCGCAGGCCGACCUGUCGGACGCCAUCACGGAGCUGGAGGACGCCUUUUCCCGACAGGUCAAGUCUCUGGCCGAGUCCAUCGACGACGCGCUGAACUGUCGCAGCCUCCAGGGCGACGAGGGCCCCGACCCGGACGCCUUGGGCUGCGUGGAGGUCCCCUAUCAGGUGAAGUCCCGCCGCAGGGCGGCCGCGCGCAUGCACGACGAGGCCCUGGCGGCGUACGGCGACGUGACCCUGUUCAUCGACGAGGAGGACAUGGCGCCGCCCACGGCCCUGACGCGCUCCGCGGACCCGCCCUCCAGCACCGAGUCGGACCUGCGGCUGCGCUCGGUCCCCUCGUCCCAGGACUACUGGCCCCUGGACGCCAAGGACGAGGGCCGCGACACGGACACCAGCUGCCGCAGCACGCCGUCGCUGGAGUGCCAGGAGCAGCGUCUGCGCGUGGACCACCUGCCGCUGCUGACCAUCGAGCCCCCGAGCGACAGCUCGGCCGAGCUCAGCGACCGCUCGGACCGCGGCUCCGCCAAGCGGCCGCUGGCGUACGAGCAGCACGGCCACGCGGCGCCGCCGGCCCAGGCCAGCCCCAAGCACGCCUCCCACGGGCCGGCGGCGCCGCGGGAGGAGCCGCCGCUGCGCCGCCGCCACCGCCAGCUGGAGGCCCAGCUCGCCAUCAACGGCACCGCCCACCGCCAGAGCAAGUCCGAGUCGGACUUCUCCGACGGCGACAACGACAGCGUCAACAGCACGUCCAACUCCAACGACACCAUCAACUGCAGCUCCGAGUCGUCGUCCAGAGACAGUCUGAGGGAGCAGGCGCUCAGCAAGCAGACGUACCACAAGGAGACGCGCAACAGCUGGGACUCGCCCAUCUUCAGCAACGACGUGAUCCGCAAGAGGCACUACCGCAUCGGCCUCAACCUCUUCAACAAGAAGCCGGAAAAGGGCAUCCAGUACCUGACGGAGAGGGGCUUCAUCCCCGACACGCCGGUGGGCGUGGCCCACUUCCUGCUGCAGAGGAAGGGGCUGAGCCGCCAGAUGAUCGGAGAGUUCCUGGGCAACCGGCAGAAGCAGUUCAACAGAGACGUGCUGGACUGCGUGGUGGAUGAAAUGGACUUCCAGGGCAUGGAGCUGGACGAGGCCCUCAGGAAGUUUCAGAACCACAUCCGGGUGCAGGGAGAGGCCCAGAAGGUGGAGCGCCUCAUCGAAGCCUUCAGCCAGCGCUACUGCAUCUGUAACCCCACCGUGGUGCGGCAGUUCAGGAACCCUGACACCAUCUUCAUCCUGGCCUUCGCCAUCAUCCUCCUCAACACAGACAUGUACAGCCCCAACGUCAAGCCCGAGAGGAAGAUGAAGCUGGAGGACUUCAUCAAGAACCUCAGAGGUGUGGACGACGGAGAGGACAUCCCCCGAGACACUCUGGUUGGCAUCUAUGAGAGAAUCCGCAAGCGCGAGUUGAAAACCAACGAAGACCACGUCUCGCAGGUUCAGAAGGUCGAGAAGCUCAUUGUGGGAAAGAAACCAAUCGGGUCUCUCCAUCACGGCCUGGGAUGUGUGCUGUCGCUGCCCCACCGUCGGCUCGUGUGUUACUGUCGCCUGUUUGAAGUUCCCGAUCCCAAUAAGCUUCAGAAGCUGGGCCUGCACCAGCGGGAGAUCUUCCUGUUCAACGACCUCUUAGUGGUAACCAAGAUUUUCCAGAAGAAGAAGAAUUCCGUAACGUACAGCUUCAGACAGUCCUUCUCUCUGUAUGGGAUGCAGGUCAUGCUCUUUGAAAACCAGUAUUACCCAAACGGAAUACGACUGACGUCGGCCAUUCCAGGUGCAGACAUCAAGGUCCUCAUCAUCUUCAAUGCCCCCAACCCCCAGGACCGCAAGAAGUUCACAGACGACCUGCGGGAGUCCAUCGCCGAGGUCCAGGAGAUGGAGAAGUACCGCAUAGAGUCCGAGCUGGAGAAGCAGAAGGGGGUGGUGAGGCCCAGCAUGUCGCAGAGCUCCGGCCUGAAGAAGGAGGCGGGCAACGGCAGCAUGAACCGCGCCAGCCUGGACGACACCUACGCCAUGGGGGAGGGCCUGAAGCGCAGCGCCCUCAGCAGCUCCCUCAGGGACCUCUCUGAAGCAGGCAAGCGGGGGCGUCGCAGCAGUGCAGGAUCACUAGACAGCAAUAUGGAAGGGUCCAUCAUUAGCAGCCCGCACACGCGCCGGAGAGCCACCACGCCGCGCGAGGGCGCGCCCCGCGGACUCCCCGCCCUCCCCACCUCGGCCCCCGCCUCCACCUCCAUCCUGGGCUCGCUCUUCGGCAGCAAGCGAGCCAAGCCGCCGUCCCAGAGCCACGGCCCCUUCCCCCCGCCCGGACACCCCACCCUCAUAUCGCACAAGCCCCACCCCACCAACCUGCACCACACCGCACAGGCGGUGCACGUGGCGCCGGCCCCGCACCACGCCCACCACUCCCAGUACUGCCAGGUCCCCCAGAACCCGCCGCCCUACCACCACCACCACCACUACCACCCCCCUCCCCACACGCAGUAUCACCAGCACCCGGCAUACACCCCCCACGCCCACCAGCACGCCCACCCACAGCACAGCCACUACAGCCAGCACCACCACCCCCCCCACUCCCAGCACGCGCCCCACCACCACAGCCAGCAAGUGGGUUCGGCACCUGGCGGGCCCAAACCCAAACACAGUGGCAUCAGCACCGUAGUGUGAUGCUCCGAGCGCAGAGAGGAGACGCGAGGAGGACACUUGCUUACACCAAAGGGACUGAGCGUAACUCUAUGGCCUGUCCACUGUGUUCUACUGCUGCUGUGAUGCAGCCACCGUUCUCACCUCCAGGUCCAGCUAAUAUGCAGGAUGGAAACCGGACUCAAAUCUUCCACCAGGGGCCUUCUCUAGUUUGCCUGAUGGUGGGUUCGGCCCUGUCAGGGUUUCGCGGGCUGGUGUUCGAUAGAGGAAUGCUUUUUGUUUUGGCUCGGCUGUGACGGCCGUGUUCUCCCCGCUGUGUUGGACCGCGGCAUCAGGAGCUCCGGCGCCCUGAGACGCAAACAUGGCCGACUGUUUCCUCCCAGCGACGGGGCACAGCCUGGGGGGCGUCGGCUUCAACUCUUUGGUUCGCGGAUCAUUUGUACAUGCUGCCGUCAUAUGAAUGCUAUUUGUUGUUGCCUCCUGUAGAGCUCAUAGUGGAAAACAUAGAUAUCAUUUCACAGGAACCUAAAUCAAAGGACAGCUGAACAGCUGCGUCCUAGUAGUUCUAGUGCUGUAUUUACUGUAGAUGACAGCUAUACGUGUUGUCUCCUAGCUCUCAUAAAUAAAUGUGCCAAUUAUUAAUGCAUAAUCUAUUUAGUCAAGACUUCAUGUACAGUAUAUUGUGCGUAAAAGUAAUUUGUAAGAUUAUACUUACAAUUAAUAUUAUCAGCAAAAAUUUAAUCAGUAUUAUACUGAGUCUGGUAACAGGAUGUAGGUGGAGGGAGUGAGGUCCGGUUCAGGUGUGAAGGUUCUGCUUUUCCCUGGGAUCAGGAGGCGCCUCUGCAGGGCAGCGGUGGCACAUGAGCUGUCACAGCCGCAGACUCUGGGUCGGUUGGUUCCAAUCUCAGUUUACUUCUCACUGUGGCUGCUAAGACUAUUAGGAAACGCAUCAGAGCCCCCUUUUCUUUGGAAGACUGACCCACAAAAGGCUCGAAGUGACGCGCGGCGUCUGUGGCUGUGUCACAUCUGCUGCAGCUGCGCUCGCGACUCCUAGAAUCAAACAAUGGUUUUUUGCCUUCUUUAGUAUAUUUGUUUUAUUCGCCGAUGAGGUUUGGUGAGUAAAUGAAAUCAGUUCGGUAGUGAAGUAUUGUUUCAGUUUUUUUAUCACAUGUGCAAUAUCUUUGUACUGAUUUUGUACAUUGGGAAAAGGCAAAGUGUCCAUCUGAUGAGUCCAUUAUUUCAUGUUGCCUCAUUAUUUAUUUGGUUUUGGUUUCGACCCCUGUCAGUCUUUCUAGUAAACAAAUACGUGGCUGUCCUCGUGUUACAAGAGGAGCAGACUUGGAGUUCAGUGAAAUGUCUAGUGAGUGAUACUUUUGCAUGUUAUUGAUGUGAGGCUACCCUCAGCACAUUGUAGAACAAAUCAGUGUUACCAUAGCAAGUUUAAGUGCAAUCAUGUUCAGACUUGUACCGAGUGGAAGUCUGGAAUCUAGUUGUCCAGGACGAGAUUCAGGGGAAAAAAUACCUUUUUUCAUUAAAGAAUAUAUAAAUACUUACUUGGACAGUUCACAGUGGAAGAGGAAUGUGUGUAUAUAUUUUAAUAAAUGGAAAAUGCUUCUCUUUGGGCUGAACAGAAAUAUUUUGCUGGAUAAGCACAUAUGAAAGAACACUUACAUUUUUUCAGGAAAUGCAGUUCUAAUAUACAAAAUGCAAAGUGAACAACGUCUAUGGUAAUAUGUAAAGAACCUUUCUACAUUCUACAGAUAAGAGUCUAUUCUAGUGUAAAUUAGUGACAGUAAACGGUUUGUUCAGAUAUUCAGGUUGUAAAUGUAUUUUAAACCAUCGCUUCUUCUCACACAUUUCUCCUCACGUGAAUUGACGAAGGACGUUCACACAUAUCACACGGGAUCAGUUGAAUGUGUCUUUCCAUUGAUUUCCUAUCUUUAAUAUAAUUCUGAGAUCUAAUGUAAAAGCGAGGAACCUGUUUGUUUGGCUUUGUGUUGUAUUAAAAUGUCUCCCGUCACUGUUUGUGGAAACCGUACCCCAACAAUGCACUGCAUGGUUCUGAUGCAUCAUGUGUCCUGUUCACUGUGAGCUGCUCAGAUCAGCCUUUACAUUCUGACUCCUGCUUUGGUUUGGAUUCGUCCCCGUUCCACGUGAGGCCGGUGGUUAUUGAAGCUCUGCAUGCAUUUCAUCAACAAAGCCAUUGUGUAGAUUACAAACAAAGACUUCCGUCGCCGAGGUCUGGCAUCAUGUACAUAUGGGACUUUGAUGUGUAAAACCACGAGCUGCUUCAUCCGCAGGAGGCUUUAUAUUUCUAAAGCUGCAAAGGGACCAAGAUGGAGGUUAAGGAGCUGUACAUAAUGUGUAUAUGAUCAGGAGCCUGUUCUGAUAUCUGACGUUAGGAUCAGGGUGUAUAUACGUAACCUCACCGAUGGAUGUAAGGGGGAAUAUACAAACAUAUCGAUUGUUUCUGCCUCCAGCUGUUGUGAGUUGACAUUUGCUGUAGAAAUCAAACACAGACUGUUAAGGUUUUCUGCCAUGUGCAUCCAGACAUUCAGCAGCCACCUCUCACUCCAGCCAAACCCAUACACAUACUGUACGCUCGUGGUCUGGUGUGGGACAGGAGACAGGAAAGACAAGAAUGGCCUCAUUUCUAUGUGCAUUCUGUUUGUACAGUGAGUAGUGAGUCAGUGAGACCCCAGUUAUUGUAAAACUUCAACUGUGACAAUGUUGAGAACGCAAAAUAAACAAAUAUGACUUAUAAUAA